GGUCUCAUGGCCAGUGGCCGGCUGGGCGUGGCCGCGGCGGCGGGCAAUCUGGAGCGCCUCGAGCGGCUGCUGGCCACGGUCGGCGUGGAUGUCGACGAGCCCGACGAGGACGGCCUCACGCCGCUGAUGGCCGCAGCGCGGGCUGGCCACCUGAAGGCCAUCCAUCGGCUGAUGCGGCGCAGCCCGCGUGUCGACGCGGCCGACGGUCUCGGGAGGACGGCUCUGGACCACGCGGUGGAGAACGGUCAUGCGGAUGUUGUGGCGUUCAUGACGGCAGAUACGGGAGACGCAGCCGUGGUGGAGGAGCUCCUGACUGCCGCCGACGAGCGCCUCCGAGCAGACGUCAACGUGCGCGACCCGCGGGGUGCGCCGGCCCUCCACGUGGCGGUGAGGGCGGGCCACGCGGGGGUGCUGUCGCAGCUGCUGCAGAGGCCCGACCUGCGGGCCAACGCGCGG